CCGCGAUCGCUCGGCAUUCUGGGACACAAACAGUGGUGUAUGAAUAGCUUCAACAGCGUCAACACCAGCAGUUUCUAGUGUGGAAGGAAGGCGACGGUUAAAAAAAAAAACAGCAACAGCCACCGGAGAGACAGAGAGCAAAACCGUAUUUCCAGUCGCUCCGGCAGGAAGGGACACGCGUCGGAAGAGCAAGAGGCCAACGGCGGUCACGUCUGUUAUUUGUCACGGUGGACUUUGACUAACGCCGCGCGCUAACGUCAUCUAGCUAACGACAGGCGCCGCGUCGAUCCCUGCUAGUCUGACACCGUUAGCCGGCGAGGGCAAUGCGGGAGGAGUCGUGAAGUUGGCGCUCUUACACCACGUCGACUGCGGUCAAUACGUCCAAAGAAGACUCUGGUGGUCGGUGUCGCUGCGUCCACUGCUCUCCUCCCUCCCUCCCUCGGCUGCUCCAUCCGCCCGCCCGUUGACGCGACGCUGUCCUCGGCUGAGGGCUCGCGGCUCUUGAACAUGGCGAGCCUUUCACACGGAGACCACACUGGCACUUUUGAGUUGCUGGACUGGAACCUUGUCCAGUUGGUGUACCCGAGAUAAACCCCGCUAUACUGGACAUUUCAAUGCAAUGGCCAAGGAGAGUGACGGGUUUCAUCUGUGUGUCUCACUACGCGGUUGUUGUCAGAGUUGCGUAACGAUGCGAUGCCGCUGCUAAAGCCCCGCCCCCUCCCCUCCAAGUCCAUGUACACAUGUCUCCGUUGAAGCUCCACACAUUGAUUUUGCUAGAAACCGACUUUCGCUGGAUUUAAGAAACGUCAAGCUUCACAGCUGUCGUCACGUCAGAUUGCUCACCUGAGCUUUUCUGUUGGGCCCCCCGGAGCUCAAUUGAGGGCCAACAUGUCAGGCUCCACGACUGUGCAGCUUUUCACCAAACUUGUCAAGCAUGCAGUGGGUAAGGCGCAGAUUCAGCUCAACCGCUGGGUGCAGAAGGCCGCCAUGGAUGACUGUGACAAGAUCGACAUCCUGAUAUGCAGCACCUUCGACGAGUCAGGGGCCGUCAUCGGGAAGUCGGAUGGAGACCCCGAGGUCGUCGGCGACGCGGGAGGAACGUCCUUCAGCAGUGGCGAGUUCAGACACCCGUGCUGCAUCACCACCUUUUGCUUCAAGAGCGCCCUGCUGGCAUGCGUCCUCACGGCCGUGUGCUUCUCUUCGGUGGCACUGGUUCGGCAGUACCUGAAGGACCUCCUGCUUUGGGUGGAGAGCUUGGACAGCCUCGUCGGAGCCUUGCUGUUUAUAGUUGGGUUGAUCAUCGUGUCAUUCCCAUGCGGAUGGGGAUAUAUUGUUCUUAAUGUGGCAGCUGGCUACCUCUACGGCUUCGUGCUGGGCAUGGGACUGGUCAUGGUCGGAGUCUUAAUAGGGACCUUUGUGGCACACCUGGUGUGCAAACGUCUUUUGACUGAGUGGGUGUUGAACAAGGUUGGGAACAGUGAGCAGCUCAGUGCCGUCAUUCGAGUGGUGGAGGGAGGAAGUGGACUCAAAGUUGUGGCCUUAGCGAGACUCACCCCUAUACCAUUUGGGCUCCAAAAUGCAGUUUUCUCGAUCACAGAUGUGUCCUUGCCAAACUACCUGGUGGCCUCCUCUGUGGGUUUGUUGCCCACUCAGCUGCUCAACUCCUACCUGGGCACCACGCUUCGCACCAUGGAGGACGUCAUCGCUGAGCAGAGCAUCAGCGGCUACUUUGUGUUCAGCCUGCAGAUCGUCAUCAGCAUCGGCCUGAUGUUCUACGUCGUGCACCGGGCGCAGGUAGAGCUCAACGCCGCCAUCGCAGCCUGCCAGAUGGAGCUGAAGUCGUCGCACAUGAACGGCUCCUCCACCAAUCACGGCAGCUUCACCUACUGCAGCAAGAGGACGGCGGCGGGCAGCGGAAACUGCAUCAAUGUGGUGUGAUCGCCGCUCGCGCCGCUCGGUUUCCCGAAUUUCGACACUGAAGAAGGCAUGGUGACCCGUUGGGAGACUGGAACGUGUUGUGGCCGUGGUUUUUGAUUUUCCCACGACGUACUCUGGCCACGUUUGUGCGAAGACCUCGAAGGUCCACGUCUUCAGUAGGUACGGUGAUCUUACAAGUGUGGGCCCUCCACCUUUUGAAGAGAUGGUGCUGAUGGCAGUGGUCAUAUUUGAUCAAACACGAUGACGACGUUGCUGAGUGAGUCACCAAAAACUAGCUCGGCAUUCGCGGCCUGCUAACACUAUGAAUGUGCAAUCUGGAGCUUUCUACAGACCCGCGGAAUUGUUUUUCCAUUUCAGUGUCAAAAGAAUGCCAACCUAUGCACCUUUCUUUCAUACGAAAUUUGUUUUAUUCAUCCACUGCUUAUUCACACUACACAUAAUAAGGGCCUUAUUAAUAUGUUUUGAAAGAUUUGGCUCCGUUUUUGAAGUGUCUUAUUUUCCGAGUACGGAGAGAGGGGGAGCGCUCCCUUUUGAGCGUUACGGUUUGAUUUCUGCUGGCUUAUGACCACGUCAGCGGAGUCGGCCUCCUCUGCCCGGAGAUCAUUUUGGCGCUUCGGCAGUUUUGAUAAGAGCAGCUGGGGAUGAGAGCGUUUCUCACAGAAGGAAACUCAGGAAUGAUUCUGCCAGGAAAGUUGAAGUGCGGUGCGACCGGCUCCUCUUUGGCUGCGGAGGGAUCGCCACACUGAGCUCAAGCUGAGAUGUCGCGCUUUCCUGUAAAUGUUUAGGAUUUGUUCUGAGGGGAGUUUUCCAUUCGUUAUUAUGUUCUUCAUUACAAUUAUCACUUUUUCUUAAGACCGUAGUUCUGACAAUUCUGUGCAAUACAUCAAAAAAUGGUGACGUAACGGCAUGAAUGUUUCAGUGCGGCAUCCAAACUAAUCAGAAAUGCAUCAAAAUAACCUUAAGCCUAGUCUGUGUUUAUUCAAAGUUUAACCUGCAUUAUAGACACAUAAGCUAGAUGAGAUACAGAGGCUAUUUUUUAUGUGCCAUAAUGUGAUAAUUGACACUGAGCUGAGGCUGCAUGUGACUUAUCCUAUAUUUUCUUACUUAACAAUGCUGGUAAUUAUAGAAUUGAUCCAUCAACAACUUUUGUUGCUCUCGUGCAGUAGAAUCGUUGCCACAGUCCACUUCAAACCGAUGUUUUGUACAGACUGAGCUUGGAAGAGGUUUGGUUGGUCAAAAGUUGAAAGUGAUGUGUCUCAGAAGCCGACAAUCAAACACAACGUGGACACUUAAGUGAUGAAUGUGAUAUUUUUUAAUUUUACAUGAAUUAUUGUGAUGCUGCUCCUCAGACAAAGUCUGGAUGAGGAAUUAUAAGGGCUCCUAUAUGAAUUAUUGAUCUAUAUCCCUAUAUUUCUAAUGCAGGCAAAACAUUUUGUUUAUUCAUUUUCGUACAAAUGUUUUUUUCCUCUUUCUUCAGAGACCGAUUUAAUAAUGUUGGCCCCACUCAUUCCAUGCUGUCAGUCCUCUUUUAAAGCUGUAGUUCUUUUCGUGCUAAAUGUUGGGUGAAUUGAACCCAUCAUAUCAAUUCAGCAAUAAUGUUUGAAAGUCUAAAGCAAAAAAGUAUAUAAUAUAAGUCCUACCAGUGAGAUCUGUUGGGAAUAGUGGUUUGCUCCCAAUGGAAAAGAUGUGCUUAUCUCUUGAAACUGCAUUUGAGUUGACCCAUGUUCCGCUGUAAGGUUGAGUAUUAAUAUUCCCAGGUUUGUGUUUCAGUGUUCAACCUGCCGAUUACCUCCCGCUGCCUCUGACAGACAUUACUGAGCUGCCAAUUAUUAUCAUUACUAUUAUUAUUAUUAUGUGGAAGAAAAACGUCAUCAGAACAGCUUGUUCAUAUUCGUAGAGUCCCCAAACCCGUGUGUCGCUUAUUGAAGUCAAGCGACCUCACUCAUGUCACACUAUUUUUUUCUUCUUCAGUUUUUCCACUGAAAUUGAAAGUUUACUUCGGAGAUGAGAGAACUUUAUGGCCGCGAGGUUUAUAAAAUCCACUCACAACUCUUUCUCAUUUUUCCAACACACGGAGAUUCGUUUUGUUAUUCGAGGCUUCCGCUCGACAGCAGGGAUAUUUUUAGGAAGUGUCUGUAUCCUCCCAAAAAAAAUGUGAUUUGAAGAAGCUGUUGUGCUCAGAGGUGGACAUUAUUCCAUGUUUAAUACAAAAAUCAAGUAUGUGAAACUUGAUCGACCACCAUGGACACACAUCAUAAUGUUUUAGUCUGUCAACUGGGAUUUGAAAAACUUGACUGUGUGAAGAUGAGCGGUUUUAUAGUAAAGGCUUUGUUUCCUCCUCAGUGGGCUCUAUUUAACUUAUAGAUAUAGUUAUGCAACAACUGAUUCCUACGGGAAGUAUAUUUCAUAGACACCAACACAAGACCUGAAUCUGGGAUGUAACUGCACACACAACUGUUAAAAUGUGAUAUCAUGAACUUAGGGUCACGUUAAGGGUCUUGUUUGGUGCUAUGAAAUCCAAUACUUCCCAUCUGUAUCAAGUGCAUUACACAUAUACUGUAUUUUGUGAUACAGAGAAUUUUACAGUGUAUAAAUAUUGAUAUUUAUCGCUGUAUUACGCUUGUUAAGUGUUAUUUAUGAGAGAGAAAAUAAAACCUGUCAAACUUUAA